AUGGGCAAAAGAAUAUUUUUCCGGAAUAAGGACAUAAAGAGAAAGCACUAUGAGCGGCAGGCAGCAAAUAGAUAUGUUGCAAAGGCUCACCAAAACAAAGAUUCCGUGAGAAAAAGGCAUGAGCGGACAGAAGAAACAAAAAAUCUACAUAAGGAAAAGGUGGCGGAUUAUCAGGAGUUUGUGAUAGAAGAAGGGUACAAGUCACCAGGAUAUCGGAUUAAGCCUGGCUGUCUAGCACCAAGCAUCGUCGUCAUCAAAGAUUUUAUCCGCUCGUACGUCCGUACCGUUAAAGGCACGGGGCGGCUCAGUCAAAAAAAAACAGCCACAGUGAGGACUGCCACAGCUUAUGCUGAGCAAUUCUUUGGUGGCUUUGAGGAAGCAACUGGCAGUAAAAUCGUGCCAGACGACCGUUCGGAGAUUUAUUCGUGGAUUAAAAAAACCUUGACGGAAGAAGGUGAAGUUGAGGACAUUAAAAAGCAGAAGUUCAAUUUUGACCGAAAUGAUUUCACCGAUCUUGUAGCAUCAAUGUGGACUCGCGAUUGUCCCAUCUUCAUGCAUGGACUUCUCAAGGUGUCCAUUCUGUUUGCGCUACAGGUUUUUCUCUUCACGGGAGCAAGAAUUGGUGCCUUCAUCCCAGAAUCGAAACGCAAAAGCCAACGAGGACUCCGAUAUAGGCAAUGGCUGAAAAAAAACCGAAAUGAAAACUACACGGUUUUCGGCAUUGGCAUCCGUGAUGACAGCCGACCGCAAUUUGCAUCCGGCUUGCUGCUCCUUGUCAUUGCCCUCGCGCAUGGGGCUAUCUCUGGCAUCAAUUCGUUGGCCGACUUGGCUCAGUUUGACCUCCGUGACGGGCGCACCACCGAAAUUCCGCUCAGUUGGAACCCAGACGCUUUGAAUAAGCCAGUAUUUCGAAAUGUUACCGCCAAAGGCCCACAGGAGGUGGCCCUCAAUAAAGAGAGGUUUUGUACCUUGCUUCGUUCACUCCUUACUGCAGCAGGUUACUCAAAGCACGCUACCAUCCACGAUAUCCGUCGAGCACUGGGCAAGAAGAUUGAAGCAAGGCAUGGCUCUGCACCCGUAUCCCAAAUAUACGCUCACCGGUCCGAAUCCACCUACCCUGAACAUUAUCAGGCGCACUGUUCAUCCAUUGACACCGUCGGUGAUGUUUUGGAUGAGGGGGAGGAGACAUACCACAUAGAAUACUUCCAGAGCUAUCGACAAUUUCGGGAAGUAGGACUUCCCUGCGAGCUACCAGCGGAGAUGGAAGUAGCCAUAAUGAAGAUGCCCGAGAUUGUCGAAGCCAGAGACCGCAUCAAACAACUCCUCGACAACGCAGACCAUUUCGGUGCCGCGGAAGAGGAACAAGAGUAUAGGAAGCUCUAUACUCGUAUUCAACUCUCCGAGCUGCAUCGCUUCCAACAUGAAUGGGUACAAGAAAGGAGACAGCGUCGAGUCCUUAACAGAGGAAAGGAUGAACCAGAUUGGCCCGAAGGCAACACUCGCACGCGUGCAUUGGCCCUCAUCAUGCCCGAACUGGACCACUUGGGAGCGACUCUAUCCAUCCCCAAGCAACUUGCCUUUGAUGAAAGACUGCUCUUUGCGGAACAACUGUUGACACAGUGCCGCCGUGAUUACAACGUGAUCUAUCUCCCCGGUGAGGCGCCGACGGACGACAGGAAAUGCCCUGUGCAUGAUUGCCGAAAGGACCUUCAGAGUCCCACACUCACGCACAGCGACCGAAGCGCUCACAUUCAUGACUGCACUCGUGGAGACAUAGCCCGACGUCUGCAUAUCGGUGAAUCAGACUUACGGUACUGUUACGAGUGUAUGACUUGGUGCCCGCAGGUAGAGUGGCGUGAUCACUGCAGUUACCACCUGCAAUCCUGGAGUGAUCUCCAUUGUGAAGUCGUUAUAUGUCGUUAUACUGUUAUUCGCCCCGGCUACUGCCCUUGUUGUGUGUGGAAUCAAGGCCUCCCAGCCGACAAAAGAUUGAAGUAUUGGACAUCGAGCGCGAAUCUGAGGAAGCAUCUUGAACACAGGCAUAUUGUUGAGAUCAAAUGGCCCACAAUAGACCCCAUAUGUGGCUGCCCACAGACAUUUGCAUCGGAGCAAGAAUUCCGGUACCAUCUACAUGACGUGCAUGGUCUGACCGAUGGAAUCUGGAAAUCCAGAAAACCAUCAUUAAAAAGGAAG